CAAGCUUUAAUGUGCAGCUCCUGAUGGAGUCAACAGAGAGUUGGGAACCUGGUACUGUCAUUUUGAAAAGAUCAGGUCCCCUUAUUAAACAACAACGUAGAAGCUGUGUGCUUCUAAGAGAAAUACUCAAAGAGCUCCUGAUAAAAGUACCAUGUGGAAAGUCAAAACAGUUUGUUUUGAUAAGUUAUGAUGGAUCUUCACAUCCUAUAAGCACUCCCAAUGUUCGGCACUGGACGAACGCAGAAAAGGACGAGUUUAGAGUUAGUGUCACUACAGAACAGAUCCAUCCUCGAGUUUUGCAAACAUGUUUACUUAAUUCUGCGAUUUAUAUUGAACAAUAA